AUGAAUUCUACAGAAGAAAGUGGUUCCGUUCCUUCUGUUGUUGAAGCCGAUGUUGUUUUGCAGAACCCUUCUUCAAAUUCACAGUUGAUGAAUGAGGUUUUCUCUCUUUUUAAAGGCUACUUGACCUCUCAAUUGGGAGAGAAAGGGAAGCAGUUUGAGCGAAGCUCUAAGUCCGACAAAGAAGCUGCAGACAUUAAGUUCAAAGGUAACCGAAAGCAGUUUGAGUUGAAUUCGCAACUGGACAACAUAUUAACACGAAUCGACGAGAGUGCCAGUAGCCCGGCUGAUGUUCACAAGUUGGUUGAAGAAGGAAAACUGCUCAUCAAAAAGCGUCAGAAGUUGAUCAAAAUCGCCGACAAGAACAAAGAUGGCUGGCUUGUUGUCCAAGAAUACGAGUCCGACGAUCUCGCUUCAGACUCCGAAGAUGAGAAGAAGAUACGUAAAGCCAAGGCUGCCGCUGAGAAGAAGAGAAAAGAAACGAAGAGUAUCAGCGGUAACACUUCGAAAAAAUUUAAGUCUUCUAGUGACUAUCAGCUUUUUCGCUAUAAGACCUCUACUUAUUUUUACUUUGUGAAGUUCUGGGUCCUUUUGAUGUUUGCUUCAGACUAUCUUUGGAGUUGCAUCCCGGUUGGUGUUAAGCCUAACCUAGGAGAGUAUCUCGACAUUAUUGAAGUCUAA